GAUAUUUUACAUUCUCUUAGCUUUCAAGAAGCAAAGGAGUACACGUUUAACCUAUUAAAAGCACUUAAACGUAUCCACCACUUUGGGAUUGUUCACCGGGAUGUGAAACCAAGCAACUUCUUGUAUAGCAGAAAACAGAAGCAAUACGCCCUGGUAGAUUUUGGGUUGGCUCAAGGAACACCGGACACAAAGAUAGAACUUCUCAAAGUCCUUCACUCCAAAAAACAGGGGAGUUGUAUACAAAGUAAACCUCAUACAAUUUCAGGAAAUAUACCAGUACCUAGAGAAGUAGUUCUACCAACCUCAACAAAACAGUCUGUGAAAAGAUAUUGGUCACUUUCACAGAUAAAUCCAGGAAACAAUGCACAGGAAGGAUUACUUGGCGAAUCUACACAGAGGUCUGUGUCUGUGUUUGGAGAGAAGAAUUUUAAUGUUUACAGUACUGUCCCCCAUGAAGUCACAAAUGCAAAAAGCAUAAAGCAGCCCAAGACAUCAGAUGUUGCGGCCAAAAAAGUGGCAGCUAGAAAGGCUGUUCCUGCAAAAAACACAAGUAGUACUGGGGUGUGCAGGAAGACUGCCAGCACAUGCCCAGCAACCCCGACCUGUGAAUGUUAUGCAAGAGAGCAAGUGUGC